AUGCCAACCAUAGGGAGCAUACAUGUUACAAAAGAUGGCUGCCCAGUUAUCUUCCACGAUGACUUUAUCCUCACCCGAAAAACUGAGGUUUUGUAUGAAAGACGUGUGACCGAUCUUCUUCUGGAAGAUUUCCUUUCAUACGGGGUACAAAAAGAACCUCACAAGGUCUCCAAGCCCUUUCUUAGACGGAUGGAAGAUGGGAGAGUCCUUGCUUGGAGCACAGAAGAAGAUGAUUAUCUCUGCACAUUGCAGGAAGUCUUCGAACAUGUCAGUCCCCAUCUGGGAUUUAACAUCGAACUUAAGUUUGAUGACAACAUUAUCUAUCCGUGUGUCAACCUUAACCGUGCUCUUCAAGCUGUACUGCAAGUUGUUUUUCAGUAUGCUGGCAACAGACCACUAUUUUUCUCAACAUUCCAACCUGAUGCCGCACGGAUAACACGUGAACUCCAAAGUGUAUACCCUGUACUGUUCUUAACAGAAGGGGGAACAGCCAAACACGAAGAUACGAGAAGGAACUCACUCGACGAAGCUAUCCAAGUGUGCCACGAGUAUGACUUGCAUGGGGUUGUGUCAGAAGUCAGAGGAGUUCUAAAAAAUCCCUCUGCGAUCCUAAAAGCACAAGAAUCUAACCUUGCCAUUCUCACCUAUGGGCAGCUCAAUAAUGUGCGUGAGGCUGUUUACGUCCAGUAUCUAAUGGGUGUGAAUGGUGUCAUUGUUGAUCUAGUGGAAGAGAUCUCCAAUGCUGUUGCAGAUUUCAGUAAAGCAGACCUCGGCCAGAGCAGGUUCAGUAACAGUGUUGACAUAGGCAGAAGACACGAGUCCUUCUCACAGCAGCAGCUGGGGUUCCUGCUCCGGCUUAUACCUGAACUGAUUCAGCAACCACACUGA